GUCAGUACCCCUUCACGGUAGACGAGGCUACGGGAAUGUCGCUGCCGUUAGACAAGAACUUUUGGGACGACCUGCUGGACCAGGCAGUCACAUGGGGCUUGGCCACCUACGAGCAGGACUGGCUUGACAGACAGUACAUGCAUACCAGCGCCCUGCACACCAACUUGACACUGGGAGCUACCUGGCUCGACAACAUGGGCAAGGCUGCUGAGGAAAGAAGUCUCAACAUCCAGUAUUGUAUGUCUUUUCCACGUCACCUCCUCCAUUCCGCCACCCUCCCCGCCGUUACACAGAUUAGGGUCAGCGGUGACUACUUCUACUACCCGAAUCAGUGGCGCAUCGGGGUGUCGUCCCUGCUAGCUCACGCCCUGGGUCUUCGGCCCUUCAAAGACGUAUUCUGGUCUUCGCGGGAGAACGUGAACAAUAUCUACAGUGAUUGUGAAUAUGUGCUGCCGGACGAGGAACACCCGGGGAAAUUCAUAUAUCAGUAUGGAGGCAGAGUCAACAUUACUGCCUCUGGCAAGCCUUGCGUACCCUGGAGGAACUUCGGUUGGGAUGACCUUUACUACACCAGCGACCUGUGUGAGAAUCUGUGUAAGAACCCUCAGAACAUCAGGGACGGUGCUUUCUGCUACACAAAGGCAUCUUUUGAUAUACCGGAGGAGGAGUGGGAGUGGGAGUACUGCAACGUGCCCAGGUGUAACUACGACUGCUACGUUUUCAACGGCAGUUUGUACGUAGGUGACCAAAACGUCACUCAGAGCGGACAAGCUUGUGUCGACUGGGCUGGCGACCACGGUAUCCACGGCGCUGUGUGUCGUAACCCAGACAAUGAGGUGGCCCCGUGGUGCUACGUGACGGACGACCACUCUCGCACAGACUACUGCAACAAUAAGUGCCCAGAGCCGGUGGAACUCAACUCUCAUCUGCAGAGCGCUGUCUCGACACUUAGUGGCGGACCCGUGGGCGUGGGCGAUGAAACCCACAACCUCAAUGUUGAGCUCAUUAUGAAGUCUUGCAACGCAGAAGGAAGGUUGUUGCACCCGACGAAGCCCCUGACGGUAGUUGACGGGUACUUCUUCUCCUCAGAUUAUCGUGAAGUAUGGACAGGUUACAGUAUCAUUGGGGAGUAUAUUUUCGGAAUAAUUUUCCUCGCAGAAGUCGACAAGACGCUGCAGAUGACACCUUCCCAGCUGAAUUUAGAGAAUGCCUUUACCACCAACACUUUCUUGUUCAGUAACUACCCUGAAGACCUUACGUAUUCGCAAAAUGUGUCCCCUGGCCAGACCAUCGAUCUUUUGGCCUGUGGUGGAUCCCUCAAUUUCUGUCUCCUGUACACGUCACCGGCCUUGCAAACAGAUCUAGGAGAACUCUUUAUCCUGGGUGAGAGGGAGAAGUGGGUGCCUGUCUCACCCCACAGACUCACGGAGAUCACAUUGUCUUCAACCUCCGUGGCUGUGUCCGUGAGUGGCGUGCAGGGAGAGGCUGUCACCAUAGCCUUCCUCGAGAACACUGUCUUCACUGUAACCUGCAACUUCCUGCAAACUGGCAUCAUGAUCAUUGACACGGCAAAGCGUACCUGCGAAUAAUUGUUCAUACUAUUGACACUAUUUGAUAAUGACGGUUGUGACAGUCAUUAAUGGCAGCUGUAACACUUGUAUUACAAUGACUGUAACAUGUGAAUGACACCUGCUUCCUGGUAACACAUUGUUCACCUCUAGUAAGUCUUGAUGAUAACAUCUGUCAACAUCAUCGUGCAUGUAGUCAACUUAUCUACACAUGACACUCGUCAGGGCCACUUGCUUGAAGUCACCUACCCCUACGCAUCCUCACCUGUAACAUUUAUCGCCACUUUACAGCAACAUUGCUCAUGACAGCUGUUUGCCCCCCCAACCUCUUAGAAUAACACCUGUCACUGACAUCUGUUACUGGCACAUGUCAUUGAAACCUGUCACUGACACAUGUCACUGACACAUGUCACUGACACAUGUCACAAACACCUGUCCCUGACACCUGUCACUGACACCUGUCACUGACACCUGUC